AGAAAUGAUAAGUUAUACCCUACUGUUAUUGGUUACUAUCUUCUUUGGCCUAAUCUCGGUAAACGUGGGCUAUAUUGGUCGCAAAAACUAUGUAACCUCAGCGGAGGAGAAAAUGAACUUGCUGGAAAAGGAUAAGGAACUCAUCAUCCUACUCAAUAGUUAUGCGGUGGAGCUGCAAGACAAAAUCAACCAGCUGCAAAAGAUAGCUAAUGAGUUCAGAGCGUCCUUGGAAGAAGCCAAGGGCAGGGAAGUAGAGUAUCUGUCCAAUCCUUUAAAUAGCUUAUCCCUGCUCCGUCAAAUGCACGAGGAUUGGGAGCCGGUAGAGAAAUUAAUACGGCAGCCAGUGGGUCAAGGACAAAUUGCUUCAAUCGAGAAACUGCGCAACGAUCUUCCAUUGCAGGAUGAUCUGGAUGAGGCAACUCAUGCCUUGAUUCGCAUAGUUCAUUCGUAUGACUUAGAACCCAAAGAUGUAGCCAGAGGAUUGGUUGAUGGGGUCCAGUACAGUGGCAACCUAUCUGCUAGUGACUGCUAUACCUUGGCAAAAAGCUCCUUCAUGGCGGGUAGAUAUCAAAUAGCCACCAAAUGGCUAAGGUUGGCCAAGAAUUUAUUUAAUAACAUGCCGCGGAAAUACAACGAGGUGAUCGGGCUCACCAACAUAAAAAUUAAUUUGCUGCUUGCUCGUUCUCUAAUUGCCAAUGGCAGUCUAUCCACUGCUCGUGAAAUCUUAAUAAAGGAUACAAUGUUUGGAGAAGCUGGUAAUAGACUCGCCCAGCACUUCUAUGAGAACCCUCCUCAUCCAACUCUGAACUUGGAGACUUGGGAAUCCGAAGGGGUCUUUGAUGGUCUCUGUCGCUCUGUGAGCAGAAGACAGACGAAUGAAUCAAAGAUCACGAGGCUUCACUGUCGUUAUAAUACAACUACGUCGCCAUUCCUGAAACUGGCACCCUUUCGGAUGGAAGAACUUUCGCUAGAUCCGUAUAUAGUCCUCUAUCAUAAUGUUCUAAACGAUGACGAUAUGGAACGGCUGGUGCGAAUGAGUGAACCAUUUUUGGAGAGGACCACGGUCUUUCGUGUCGACAACAGGAUAGAGCAGCUUGCCCCCAGCCGAACAGCCGAUGGGGCGUGGAUUCCCCGCAAGGAUGCGAAACCCGAAGAUCGGCAGCUGUUUCGACGCAUUCGUCAAAGAGUUGGUGACAUUACUGGUCUAAAUGUGCACGGAGACCGAGACAUUCAGUUCAUGAAGUACGGAUUCGGUGGUCAUUUCGAGCCCCAUAACGAUUAUUUUGACUCCAAGACCUCUUAUGUGGAGACCGUUGGCGAUCGCAUUGCCACUGUUCUUUUUUAUCUUAAUACUGUGGAGCACGGCGGAGCUACCGCCUUUUCUAAAAUAAAUCUAGCUGUGCCAACUCAGAAGGGAUCGGCUUUGUUUUGGCACAACUUGCAUGGCGAGUCCUACGACUAUGAUGAACGCACCUUUCACGGCGCAUGUCCUCUGAUAUCUGGCACGAAGUUGGUUAUGACACGCUGGAUUCACGAACUAGAUCAGAUGUUCCUUCUUCCCACCAUGCUGCCUCCUCGCAGUCGUAACUUCAGCAAAAUAUUUUCCAACAAAACAUAAAUAUAAUCAAUAAAUUGUAAUAA